AGCUGAGCUUCUCCUCACUAAUUAACCCGCCGCCGUUUCAUAUUUAACCCACUGGAAGACAUCCCACUACGUGCAGUACGAACUGGGACGCCGUUCCUUCAGGACACCAAACUUUUUCUUUCUUCUUUCUUCCUUCCCCUUCCCACUUCCCGCGCGUUACGGGGGUCGGUCGCUGAUAUAUAUACAUAUAUAUAUUAUUUUGCCGCCGUGCCAACCCGUGGGGCGGCCAGCAAAUCAUGCAGCGUAUCGACUACGACGAGGGGGAGCGUAAGGAAAGAUGCUUCCAAUGCAAGUACAUCGCCAUCGUCCUGUGCGGGGUAGUGGUGGCUGUGGGCCUGGCCGUGGGGCUGGGUGUGGGGCUGAGCGGCCGCACUAACGUGUGCGAUGAGGAGACGGUGACCACCCCGGCCAGCCCAGGCAGCACCCAGCAGCCGCCGGCCACCGACUACUGCCCUCCCCACGCCGACCCGGACGGGCCGUGGAGCAACUUUCGGCUGCCGGACUACAUCGAGCCGAAGCACUACCAGCUGGAGCUCAAGCCCGACAUGGAGGGAGGCUUCUACACCGGCACGGUGGUCGUCCACAUCCACACCACCCGGCCCACCAAGUACAUUUGGCUGCACACCAAGGAAGGCAGACUGACCGCGCUGCCCACCCUCAGUCGCGGCGGCGGCGGCAGCCUGGCUUCGCCCACCCCUCUCGCCUUGCGCCGCUGCUUCGAGUACAGAGCCCACCAGUACCUGGUGGUUGAAGCCGAGGAGGAACUGCCCGCCACCCCCGCCGGCCACGAGUAUCUGCUCACUCUGCACUUCCACAGCAGUCUGCUGGGAUCACUGGUCGGCUUCUACAAGACCACAUACGUGGAAAACAGCAUUGUCAAGAGCAUUGCGGCUACGGACCAUGAACCAACAGAUGCACGGAAAACGUUUCCAUGUUUCGAUGAACCCAAUAAGAAAGCAACAUACACCAUCUCUUUAAUACACAGGCCACCGUAUAAAGUGCUUUCAAACAUGCCUGUUGAGAAAGAAGAACCGGUUGGUGACCUGAAAAAAACUACAUUCCAAAAAUCUGUUCCAAUGAGUACAUACUUGGUUUGUUUUGCUGUUCAUCAAUUUGAUUACAUAGAAAAAAAAUCAUCGCGAGGAAUCCCUCUUAGAAUCUAUGUUCAACCUAAACAACGCCAUACAGCAGAGUUUGCAGCAAAUACCACCAAAUUAAUAUUUGACUACUAUGAAACGUAUUUUAAUUUUAAUUAUUCUCUACCAAAACUAGAUAUGAUUGCUAUCCCUGACUUUGGGACGGGUGCAAUGGAAAACUGGGGCCUGGUCACCUACCGAGAGACGAACCUGCUAUUUGAUGCAAAGGAAUCUUCCUCCUACAAUCAGCAACGGGUUGCUUCAGUUAUUGCCCAUGAACUUGUUCAUCAGUGGUUUGGAAACCUUGUCACAAUGGAUUGGUGGGAUGAUUUGUGGCUGAAUGAAGGAUUUGCUAGUUAUUUCGAGUAUAUUGGAGUGAAUUCAGCUAUGCCUGAUUGGUUAAUGUUAGAUCAGAUUCUUACAGAUGAUGUCUUGUCCGUAAUGGCCGACGAUGCUUUGUUAUCAUCCCAUCCAAUCAUUGUUACUGUAUCAACCCCAGCAGAAAUCACGUCUGUAUUUGAUGGCAUAUCAUAUAGUAAGGGUGCGUCAAUUCUACGUAUGCUGCGUAACUGGAUAACUCCAGAAAAAUUCCAGAAGGGAUGCCAGAAAUACCUCCAUGAUCAUCAGUAUCAAAAUGCAAAAACAGAUGACUUUUGGGAAGCCCUGGCUCAGGUCAGCGGUGAACCAGUGAAAGAAGUGAUGGAUACAUGGACACGACAAAUGGGUUUCCCUGUGCUGAGUCUUGGUUCAAAUGCAAUUCUUACACAGAAACGCUUCCUGUUGGAUGUAAACGCAAAUCCAACUGAACCUCCCUCAUAUCUGAACUACCGAUGGAACAUUCCCAUACAAUGGCACGCACUGGAUGGGAAAAAUGGAACUUUACUUUUCAACAUGUCGAAUGAAGCAGAAACUAUCUAUCAGCCACCUAAUGACAUCCUAAAAGUAAACACGGAUCAUGUUGGCUUCUUUCGUGUUCAGUAUGAAGAAACAGCCUGGGAAAGCAUCAUCAAUGAACUACAGAACAACCACACUAAAUUUUCAAGCACUGAUCGUACAGGAUUUAUUGAUGACACAUUUUCACUUGCAAGGGCAACCCUGCUAAACUAUUCUGUGGCUUUAAACAUGACAAAAUAUCUAAGCAAAGAAGAAGAUUAUUUACCUUGGUCAAAAGCCAUUUCAUCGAUUGCAUAUAUUCGGGACAUGCUAGAAGAUGAUUAUAAUCUUUACCCAAAAUUCCAGAUGUAUUGGAGAAACCAGGUGAAGCCCAUUGCAAGUACACUUGGUUGGAAUGAUUCAAACACCCAUUUAAACAGGUUAUUAAGGGAAGAUGUUCUGGGGCUUGCAUGCCGCAUGGGAGAUACUGAAGCAUUGAACAAUGCAACCAGCUUAUUUGAAGAAUGGUUGGUAGGAAAAAGUAUUGCACCUAAUCUGCGACUGAUUGUGUACCGUUAUGGAAUGCAACGAAUUGGGAAUCAGACUUUGUGGGAAUACAUGUUUAAGAUGUACCAGGAAACGCCCCUUGCUCAGGAGAAGGACAAGCUUCUGUACGGGUUGGCUUCAGUGGAAGAUGUACAACUUUUGGACAGGUUCUUAAAAUAUCUAAAGAAUGAAAGUCUAAUAAAGAGUCAGGAUGUGUUUACUAUAAUCCGGUACAUUUCAUACAAUAAGUACGGAAAAACGAUGGCAUGGGAUUGGACACGACUCAACUGGGAAUACUUAGUGCAAAGAUACACAAUCACUAGUAGAAAUCUUGGACGACUGAUAUUGAGAAUAACAAGUUCAUUUAACACUGAACUCAGUUUGUGGCAGAUGAAAGACUUCUUUGCAAAAUAUCCAGAAGCUGGAGCCGGAGAAAUCCCUCGCAAACAAGCUCUUGAAACUGUGCAGACAAAUAUAGAUUGGUUAAACACCAACAAGAAAGAUAUAGAUAAAUGGCUGUAGAGCAAUUCCUAAAAUUGUAAGGAUAUUGCAAAUCUUCGGUGGAAACACAAUCAUCCCUGUGAAAGCUGAAUGCAAGGAAAUUUGCAGCAGCAGUGUUUGAGUCCAGUGUCAAUAUUUGUAUUAUUUUUUGAAAGUUUUUAGGAAAUUACGGUUUAAAAAUUAUAUUUUAAUUGUGGUCAGGUAGUUUGUGCUACCAUUCGGGGCUGCCUUUCGUUUUCUUCAUACAAUCAUUGUGCCUUAUGAUGACAUUGUUUACAAUACAAUCAAUUAAACUGGGAUAAGCCACACAUUGCCAUUAUUGCAUCACAUACAAUAUGAGAACUACUGUUAUAAAGAGGAAAAAAUAAAAUAAAACGUGAACAUUUUAGAAA